UUUACAGCGACACUAACUGUUGCGUUCUCUCAGCAAUGGUUGAUCCCGAAGUGAUUAUUCCAAAUAUAUAAACUGUCUUUCUGGAGGCACGAAAGAGAUUUUGUUAAGCAGAUGGGUCUUCCCACGAACCUGCCGCGAAUUGAACAAUUCGUAGCAUCACGGUUUUUUUGCAUCUGUUCGCAUUAUUAUGGGAGAGGAAGCAGACAAAGGCAACAAGUUCAGCACACAUCUUUAAGGGCGUACAAUGUUGUGCCACCAGCUAGAGACAGCACCGAGAAAGCCAUGAUGGACAGAAUGCUCAGGGUGGACCAUGCAGGAGAGUAUGGAGCCAACCGAAUCUAUGCUGGGCAAAUGGCUGUUCUUCGAAGAACUUCAACAGCAGCGUUGAUUGAGCACAUGUGGGACCAGGAGAAGCAGCACUUAAAAACAUUUAUUGAGCUGAUGGCAGAAAACAGAGUCCGCCCUACCAUCUUGAUGCCAUUCUGGAAUGUUGCAGGUUUUGCUUUAGGAGCUGGGUCAGCACUGUUGGGAAAAGAAGCAGCAAUGGCCUGCACUGUAGCGAUUGAAGAGACUAUUUCUGAACAUUACAACAGUCAGAUUAGAGAAUUAAUGGAAGAAGAUCCUGAAAGAUACAAAGAUUUACUUGAGCUGAUCAAGACUUUCCGUGAUGAAGAAAUGGAGCAUCAUGACAUUGGUUUGGAACAGGAUGCAGAGAUGGCACCUGUAUUCUGGUUACUGAAGAACACAAUACAGGCUGGCUGUAAGGCUGCAAUAUUUCUUUCUGAACGCUUCUAGUUUUUAUGUAAUUAUUGAGUAUCAUAAAUGAACUUUAGGAGUCUAAAUCCUUAAGCUACCAGAGGAGGAUAACACACCCUGAUUUACCUGUCAAUUUGCAGAAGACAAAUGAUCAGUCAUUGAUUCCCUUCCAGACAGACUUCUGUGAAAUAAACUACUUGUGUAUUAUGAUUUGCCAAGUCAACAUAAUGAGUGACUCUGUUGUUUCCAUUUUAAACAUGACUGUUUUAAUAAUUAUUAAUUGAAUACAGUGUUCAUAAUUUUGAUUUUAGGGGAAAUUGUCUUUCCAGAUGACCUUUGGAGGUCAGAGUGCUGGGUCAGCCAUUGUACGGGGCAAUUUUCAGGUCAAGGGCCUUGCUGAGUUUAAUAAAUUAUACCACCCUCGCUA